AUGCGGCAUUUUACCACGAUACUGGGUCUCUGCACCGCCAUUGUGGCAUCUGAAUCGGAUGGCGCUACCUUGCUCCAACAAUUCUUCGCCCCAGGCCGUCUCCUUGGCAAUUUCUUUGGCAACCCAGGAGUGAACGGGACAUACGAUUAUGUUGUGGUUGGGGCUGGUCUUGCCGGAGCUCUUACGGCAUCUAGACUUGCAGAGGCGUUGCCACACAUGACGGUUGCUGUGUUAGAAGCUGGCUCUUUCUAUGAGAUUUCAAAUGGCAAUUACAGUCAAAUACCGUACUACUCUACCUUGUAUAAUGGGCCAAACGCGGACGACUAUCAGCCGUUGAUCGAUUGGGGAUUCUUUACGGAACCCAUGCCAGGUGCUAAUGGACGGCGAUUCUUCUAUGCCCAAGGUAAGACUCUUGGUGGCAGCUCAGCACGAAACCAGCAAAUUUACCAUAGAGCAACCAAAGGUUGGUAUGCAACCAUGGCCAACAUAACGGGAGACCCGGCAUACCUAUGGGACAACAUGUUACCUUUCAUGAAGAAGAGCUUCUCUUUUACACCACCAGAUAUCACAUACCGUGCCGAAAACUCCAGUGUAAAUUUUACACUGUCCAGCUUCGAUAGCCCCGGAGGACCGGUACACUUAAGCUAUCCAAAGUACGCGCAACCGAUAUCCUCAUUCGGCCCUCAAGGCUACGCCGCAGCUGGAAUCAAACCAGCCAACGGUUUCUUAGAUGGAAACCUGCUCGGAUACGGAUACUGGCCCUUCACCCUGCGUCCCACAGACAGCACAAGAAGCAGCACGGAGAGCGCUUUUCUCUCUCGAACAGCUGCCAGGACCUCACUGAAGAUCUACCAGUCAUGCAUGGCGCGCAAUCUACUUUUCGAUGCGAACAAGCGCGCUUUUGGCGUCAACGUCACAGUCGCUGGAAAAAGGCCCUUUGUCCUUCACGCGCGGAAAGAAAUCAUCGUAUCUGGCGGCUUCAUAAACUCGCCACAUCUCCUCAUGGUCUCUGGCAUCGGACCGCGAGCAACGCUCGAAAAAUACAACAUCCCGGUGGUCUCUGAUCUCCCGGGCGUAGGCCAGAAUCUGCACGAUACCCCCGCCCUCGGCGGCAUCAUCCACGCGUCCAGCGUACCUGGUAGAAGCGGCUGGACACGCACUGCGGAAUCAUUCAACGACGCCGUAGAAUCGUACCUCAAGAACGGGUCUGGACCACUCAGUAGUCCCGCCAGCGACUUUGCCGCGUGGGACAAAUUCCCCGAAGCAUACACGCGCAACAUGAGCGCGUCCACGCAAGCAUAUCUCCAGGACCUCGCUUCCGACUGGCCGAAUGUAGAAUACGUCCUGCAAGCUUCCGAGCGCGUGCUUUCCGCGACCCAAGCAGCCAGCAACACAGGCGUGCUCGGCGCCAUCCUCACGUCCGCCUCGAGCAGGGGCAACAUCACCAUCCAGUCUGCCGACAACAGCGUCGUCCCGCUCGUCUACACCGGCUGGCUCGACUCCCCCGAAGACCAGGAAAUGGCCGUUGCGGCAUACAGGCGCGCGCGCGCCAUUGCAUCUGGUAUUUCUGCGUUUGGCGCCGAAAUCGCACCAGGGGCCAAUGUCACGACUGAUGCUGAGAUACUACAGUAUAUCCGCACAAAGGGCAUCGGCGCGAUUCAUCAUGGGGCUGCGACGUGUGCGAUGGGGCGUACUGCUGCUCGGGGAGCUGUGGUGGACUCCAAAGCGAGGGUGUUUGGGGUUAAGGGCUUGAGGGUUGUGGAUUCCAGCUCGUUGCCGUUUAGCGCACCGGGACAUACGCAGGGCGUUACCUAUGCGCACGCUGAGAAACUGGUUCAGGAUGUGAUUGAUGCUGCGGUUGGGUAG